AAUUAAUGUUCACCUACUCUAUUUACUGCUGUGCAUUCGUCAUUCCCAUGUUUUAUGAGUUAUAAACAGGGUCAUUGCAAUUAGUACAUUAAAUCAAUAUCAUUAUAAUACUUCGCAUAUCAAUAUCAACACAAGAGACGUAUCGAUGUGCAAUGUGAAUAAGUCAAUAGUCAUUGUUGAUUGAGUUUUAAAUCACAACUUGUAAAUAACUGGAAAGUAAUUCCCACAUAAAUGUCGCUCGUACAGAAGCGUAUUAAAAUAGUAUUGAUUGAUAAAAGUUUCAUAAUAACUUGAAUUGUUUUGAAACAUUGGGCAUAUUCCAUGGGAUCGGGGAAUCCCAGAUGUCAAGUGCUGUUUGUUGUGAAUGGAAGCAGCAUUUAUAUUAAUGCAAAUCAGAGAGGAAAAUGCCGACAGUGAUUGUUUUAGACGUGUCUUUGUCCAUGUGUCGACCUGUGCCCAGUGCUGCAGCUCCAGAUACUCCAGAAGAUGAGAUUCCUACCAGACGAACACUUGCUAUAGAAGUCAUCAAUCAAUUUCUGCAACACAUUUCAACCCACUGCAAAUUAGAAUUUGUUACUUUGAUAACUUUCUCUACUCUAUUUGAAAUCAUUACACCCUUUGACAGAGACUUGGAUGCAAUUCGGGGAGAAUUGAGUUCUAUAUCAACUUAUGACUGUACUAAUUAUGAGGCAAUGCUAAGUGGAGUGAGUACAAUAGUUAUAGAUACUUGGGGCACCACUGUUCCUGUGCAGAUUCUCCUUAUUACUGAUGGCUCUGGGGGUUUUGGGCCUGGAUGCCUCAAGGACGCCAUAAAAUCUGCGAAACAUUUCCCAUUCCCUGCCAAAAUGAAUAUUAUCACCUUAAGCGAUACUGGGGAAAAGAACUAUACAGAAGGAUGUCAAAUGUUGCAGAGAUUGAUUGAUGUCACUUGUGGAGACGGAAUGGUCUACUUUCCCGAAAAUCACUUAACAUCAAAGGGAUGUAGCAGCGCGUUGUCAAAAUUGUGUGCAAAGGACUUUACCCCAUAUAAAGGAUUUCUUCGUUGUGGCAACUUGGUUUCAAAAAUUACACUAUGUCCUCCUCCCCAACCUUUCGUGUCCCGUUCUGAUGAAAAACGAUACGACUUUUCUGAAGCCAUUGAUAUUGUCGGGUUUAUUGAAGGGAAUGAUUUAUCCAGUCCUGCUGCGCACUCCCGGCAUUUACUUCUUCCCCUCAAGUCUGAUUGUACAUUUCCAUCCUCGAAAUCUGAAGAUUCUGAAGAGGACAUUGAUGGGAAAACACCCAACUUUUGUGUUCUUUUACACGGAGCAUUAAAAGUGGAUAACAAAUGCGCUCUGGUUGAGGUUGGAAAUAAUUGGUACGGAUUCAUUUACACAUGGCAGGACAACAAGAAGAAAUCUAACCUUAUGCUGUCAAUCCUACCCCCAGGAACCGAUGUUGUGCCUUGGUUGGGAAAUAUGCAACUUCUCGGACCGCUUGAGGAAUUUGUGACGAAUCGAUCUAUCCCCACUGUACCAACAUUUCCUGUUAAGCCACCAGAAAAAAAGAGUUAUGGAGGAUCUCCAACCGUGUGGAUAACUCCGGAUCAAGUUAACAAUGACAUGGUCAAGUUACUGCGUAAUUGCAAAAAAUUGCCAGACAAGAAUAACGCGUUCUAUAAAGAACUCAAUCGAAUUCGCCGAUGGGCGUUAGCUAUUGGAUUUGAAUCUAUUUUGGAAUCUGUGGCUCAAAUCUUGGAACGAGAAUGCAUGGUAUCAACUUCAACUCAUCCUGACGCUUCCAUUCAAUUAACACAUGCAGCCACCCAACUAAGAACUCCGGCCGCAUAUAGUAAAACAAUUACUCCUCACUCAUCUCAUUGAAUAUUAGGUUUGUUAAAUUGUAUUUGUCUACAUAAGUUUAAGCUUUCUUUGUUACAAUUUAUAUGUAAGUGACGGACACAUGAAAUACCACAAAUUAUUAUAAAAUAUAUAUAUAUACGUAUCAUCA